GUCUUUGGCCAUGAACCCCAUCCAGAGACCUGAGAUGUACAUCAUCGGCGCGCAGCCCGUGUGCAGCCAACUGCCGGGGCUCUCCCCCGGGCAGCGCAAGCUCUGCCAGCUCUACCAGGAGCACAUGGUGUUCAUCGGGGAGGGGGCCCGCAGCGCCAUCAAGGAGUGCCAGUACCAGUUUCGGCAGCGGCGGGGGGACCUCAGCCUUGUGGAGAAUUUGUCUCUUGUUAAUUUGCUUCUCGUCUCUCUUGCAGGUAGCCGUGAGACUGCUUUCACCUAUGCCGUCAGCGCUGCCGGGGUGGUGAACGCCAUCAGCCGGGCUUGCCGUGAAGGAGAGCUCUCCAGCUGUGGCUGCAGCCGGACGGCCCGGCCCAAGGACUUACCCCGAGACUGGCUGUGGGGUGGCUGCGGGGAUAACGUGGAGUAUGGAUAUCGUUUUGCCAAGGAGUUUGUGGAUGCCAAGGAGAGGGAGAAGAACUAUGUGAGAGGUUCAGAGGAACAGGCUCGCAUGCUGAUGAACUUGCAGAACAACGAGGCUGGUCGCAGGGAUGCGGGCCCUUGUGCGUGGCGGCAGUGCUGCUGGUGCAGGGAGGCGUGUGGACACCAGAUGGCGCAGGUUCGCAACGCGUCCCUGCUCGCCUGGGCGAGAGCCGGGAUCAGCCGCAAGGGCAAGCGGGAGCGGGUGAACAACCGCUUCAACAUGCCGACGCAAGAGGACCUGGUCUACGUCGACCCCAGCCCGGACUAUUGCCUGCGCAAUGAGACCACUGGUUCUCUGGGCACCCAGGGCCGACUGUGCAACAAGACCUCAGAGGGCAUGGAUGGGUGUGAGCUGAUGUGCUGCGGACGGGGUUAUGACCAGUUCAAGAGCGUCCAGGUGGAGCGUUGCCACUGCAAGUUCCAUUGGUGCUGUUACGUCAAGUGUAAAAAGUGCACAGAGAUCGUCGACCAGUAUGUCUGUAAAUGAAAGGAGCCACCAAAGCAAGAAAUCUAUAUUAUAUAAAUCUAUAUAAAUAUAUUUUAUAUUUGUAUAAAUAAACAGAUGAUGAUAAUAAUUAAAGAAGCUUAUUUA